UUUUUACUGUCUUCCUUAUAUCGGAUGAUAUUUUUAAUAUUGCACCAUAUACAAAUGGACAAUGAAUGCUUAAAAAAUUUCGGCGUAAAAAUGGAGGACAAUGAUGAAAUUAAUUCUCUCGACUUAGAGUUUGGAUGUGAUGGGGCUUUCGAUUCUUUCGACAUCUUUAAGGAAGAGGAUGAUUUGAACAUGAUUAAAGAUAUGCUUCCCGAAAUUCAGAACUUUUUCGAGAAUAUCGACGAAAUGGAUUUAUCCACUGAUGCUGUUUCAAAUACUUUGAUAAAUGAUUGUGCCUUAGACCCCAAAAAAAUAGAAACAUCUUCAAUUACACCGCCUAAGAAAUCAGCAGUUUUUGCAUUACCUUCAGAUCCCAUUACAAGCAACGCAUUUCCAAAUAUUAAUGAGAGGAAACGGAUGAACAACUUGCAUGCGUCAGAUCCGUUGAUGGCUGUUCAAUUCAAUCCCGUUAUGGAUUUACCAGGCUCGAUUUCUGAUAUUGCACAUAGUUUGCAAUCGAUGAACCACAUGACUUUGGACCAGCAAUGGAGAAACGAGAAUAGUAAAAACUCAUCGAGUGACAAGCUUGGUGUGUUAGACGAGUCUGAUGUGGUUUUGAAUACAUUAAAGAAAAAUGAAAUCGUUUCUACUGAUGCAGAAUUGCUUAAAUUUAAUACGCUGAAAUCGCUACAAAAAAAUACUCCAGCCGGCGGACCAUUGGCUGUAGAACAUACGGAUGUCACGUUUGAAAAAAACGGAAAUAAAGUCGGAGGGUUUAACCAGCAGAAUAUAUACAUUCAAGAUUCAAAAAGGUUCCAAACGGAUCAGCAAGUUUUAAUCCAAGGAAAUCCGGCAAUGAUGUAUUCUACGGCCCCUUUGCCCUCAACUACGUUUGUUGCUGGAGCUUCAAUAAUAUCUCAAAUACCUGUUGUGUUUGAGCCAACUCUAACUGUUUCGAAUAAUUUGUCCAAAGGAAAUAUUUCAACUGUUGAGAAUAAAGUUCCAAUUAAUAGAAUGCAACCAAAGAAAAAAGAGGUUAAAAGGUCCGCCCAUAAUGCUAUUGAGCGUCGUUAUCGUACUUCAAUAAAUGAUAAAAUCUCAGAGCUUAAGAAUUUGAUUAUAGGCGAAUCUGCAAAACUCAAUAAAUCCGCUGUUUUACGAAAGUCUAUCGAUAAAAUACGUGAGCUCCAACAACAAAAUUCAGAAAUGCGAAUUGAAAUACAAAGACUUCAGAAUGAACUUUUAAAUCAAAGCAGCUGCAAAGUUAAAAGUUUAUUAAACUCAACCUUAGUCGAAAAAACUAAAGGAGUAAAUAGUGAUUGUGAUAUUAAAAAAUACAAAGCUAGAACGGAGUUGUUGCCACAUAACAAGCAAACAAUUAUUACUCCACCAUGUAGUGAUGAGUCCAACGCUUCACAAUCUCCAACACAUUCUGAUAUUUCUUUGCCGUGUUCUCCUUUUGACGGAUCUAUUAAUAACAUUAAUCCAUAUAAAAGGAAAAAUGUGUCAACUGCAAUUCGUGAUAUGUCUCAUUCACGUCUUACCUUAUGCAUCUUUAUGUUGGCUUUCAUCGCAAUAAAUCCGAUCCAGAUAUUUUUAUCCAAAACUACCACAACGUUUGGUUCGUAUAGCAUAGACGGCGGGAUCGAUGGUAUCGCCCAGCGUCGGAUUUUAAAUAUCAAAGAUGAAAGUGUCAGCAAUUUUAAUAUUUGGCAAAGCUACUGUUCUUUUAUAUUCCUAUGGAUAAUUAACUUUUUAAUCGUUUGGACGUGUUUUGUGAAGAUUGUUAAAUAUGUAGAUCCAUUACGAAAUACAAUUACUGCUGACUUCUGGAAACGAAAGGAAUAUGGAGACAAAUUAUUUGACACGGGCAAUGUGGAAGCUGCUUAUUUGGAGUACGUUUCGUGCUUAAAAUAUCUUGGAAUAAUUUUACCAACGUGUAUUUCUGAAUUUCUGCUUAUAACUGCGUGGCAAUUCAUGCGCCUUUUCAUUUAUCAUAUAAAUAUUGGUUACAAAAUUUCACGAAAAUCUGAGCCAGCCAUAAUAAAUCAACGUCAUAAAAAUAAUUUACUUGCAAGAGACUUGGCACUUUUCUUUAAUAGACUAAACCAGUUGCACUUGACGAGCGAAAGAAAUCAGGAGCAAGGACUAACUAUAUCGUUAUAUGCAUUAGAUAUGGCACAAGCAUCCUAUAAUGCUCUUAACUAUGAGGAGGUGGUAACAAUUUACUUAACUUCGGCAUUACGAGUAAAACAAAGCUUCCCUAAAUCAUUGAAGUUUUUUAUCCGAUACUGCAUUAAAAAAGCAAAGCAGGAAUGGUUUAAGCAUGAUCAAGAUGCUAAGCAGCAUAAUUGGAUGUUUACCCCUUCUGGAUUACAGUUUAUAAUUGAACACGAUUUGCAUAUAAGAAAAAGUAUGCUUACAGAUGAUAAUAUUUUUAUAGAAUUAACAAAAUCUGCAGAUCCACUAUCAUAUUUACUGAAGAGUUAUCAAGAGUAUUUGCUCCGUCAUGCUAUUCAAUGUCUGGUGGGUUCAAACAGCAAAAUAAUUGAGCAAAAGAGAGCGAACUUUAAAUCAUAUGAUAUUACCAAUAGAUAUGGAGAUAAUACCAUGGCUAGCAAUGCAAUGUCAUUUAUAACUUUGUUAAGAGACUCUUUUUCUGAGGAGCAUAAUAAUGAAAAAAUUGAGUGGUGGGUUAAUGUGCUUGAAAUUUCCGUUUUCUGGUUACUAGGCGAAGAUCUAAAGGCCAAUGAAUCAUAUCAACGAGCCAAGACGCUUCCAACUGGACUGGAAGCUAAUAAUGAUAGCCUACCAAAAGCAUUGCACUUAGCCAUGCAGGCUAAAUUUUUGUUAUUGUGGUGCGGCGGUAAUUUAGCAAAAGCUGACUCGAAAAAUGUUAAUGAUAUCUGUAAUCGAUCCAGCAACUACCUUCAAGAAUGUCUAACACUUAAUAAAAUUACCAGUGUGAAAGAAAUUAAGCUGUUGUUCCAGUUGUUAACUUGUGAUUGGGUUCUAGAAAAUAAGACUCAGCUUUGGGAGACUAAAUUCAUGACAGCUGAUAAUAUUAUGUCAAAGCAAGUUCCCGACGAUUAUUUAGAGAAGUUUCAAAAAGACCUCAAUUCUAUGCGUUGCGUUAUAGAAGACCUACAAAUCGGACAUCAGCGUAUUUACCUAUACGAAGCCGUAUGCCGUCUUAUGGCUGGAGUUUCACCUGGACCCACUCAGCAACUUUUAGACAGAAGUCUACGUCAUAGGACACUCAGGUCAUCUGUGAUAUGUGGAGGUAAAGACAAAAGCAACAGUUAUGAUGGAUUUGAACGUGAGAGGGCUACAGCCAUUUAUAUUGCAUGUAAGUAUCUACCUACCGCGUUACUUUGUUCGCCUGGAGAACGGGUUGGGAUGCUAUCUGAAGCUGCUAAAACCUUGGAAAAACUUGGAGAUAGGAGAAAAUUAAACGAUUGCUAUAAGUUGAUUAAUCUUUUUGAUAGUAGUAUUGAAGUACUUGACUGAAUUAAAGUAUGCAAGUGUAUUGUUGAUGAAUAAAAUAUAUUCACUUAUAUGUAUAGUAAAAACAGUUAUGUAUGAAGUGUGAGAAACUAUUUUUGUAAAGUGAAGUAAAAGUUUCUGACGCUAAAUGAUUUUGGUAAGCUAUAUUUUAUGAUGCAUAAGUAUAUACUAAAUACAUUGUAUCAUAUAUCAA